AUGACGUUCACCGUGAAGGCGGCGCGACACGUGCGGAAGAAGGCGACGAAGGGACACACCGACACGCGACCGAAGAAGCAUCGACCGAGCGACCGAAACCGCAAGGCGGUGGAGUACCCGACGGUGGAUCCGGCGACGGCGCCGGCGGUGAUGACGGUCGUGUCCAAGUGA